AUGGGCUCAGUGUCGCCGCUAGGCCCGAUCGACCCUGCGUCCGUGCCCGAGGGCGAGACGCAGAAGCACGCGCCAUGGAUUGUCCGCAAGCUCGUCGGGUCCAUGACAGGCCGCAUCGUGCGCUCGUCCUUCGAGACCCUCCGCGCCUCUGGAACGAGUGUCAUCUGUCUCUCGCCCUGGGGUGAUUCCUCGCCCCUCCUCCUCCCCUGCAUCCGCUUUCGCGACCUGGCGGUGCACACCAUAAUCGCAGCGACGGGAGGCAUGGCCGCGAUCGCAGCGCCAGUGAUGGGCCCGGUUUCGGACGCGGUCGUCUCCACCUUCGGGGACACGAUCCUCGUCGAGAUGGGCAUGCACCUCGGCUUCGACCUCACCGCCAAGGCCGCGAACGACCUCGUGUUCGACGGCGCGAUCAAGGCCUUCGUACCCAUCCACAGCUCCCGGCUUGCAACGACGGGCGUGAAGACGAUGACGAUCACCCUCAAGUACAAGCACGUCCCCGAGGACGCGUCCCUCGGCUUCUACCGCAGCAGCGUGCACCAGGACAACUCGCUCUUCGCGAGCGUCAUGGACUAUCUCGCUGUCGAGAAGGGCUGGUUCUCGCCGUAUCUGUUCGCCAGCGGCCGACGCCCUGUCAUCCCCCGCUCCGUCAAACCGGAUGUGGUGUUCUGCCACGGGCCCUUCCUUUCCGGCGACUACCGCGUCGGGGAGACGCUCCUCGCCGAGUCCGCGCUCGUCAUCUCCUUCAGCCCCCCGCCCCCACCCCCACCCGUGGACCCCUCAGCGGACGACAAGGACAAAGACACGCCCAAGGCCGACGGCGGGAGCUCGCUCAAGGUCCCCCACUUCUCCAACCUCUCCCUCCCGCGCCUGCCGGACCUCCAGCAAGCCUUCGCCCGCUCGCGCACGCCCUCCCCCGAGCCCCCGCCCGCGCUCGCCCCGCCGCCGCCGACGCCGCCGCGCCGGCUCGCGGUCGUCGUCGUCGGCCUCAAGCCGCACCGCACGUUCUGGACGACGAGCCAGCGCCCGAGCGAGAGCGUGGUGCAGUACCAGCUCCUCAACGGCUGCCCCGCGCUCGUGCUCCCCGCGGCGCGCGGCGCGCCGCUCCUCGCCUGGGACACGCUCACGCUCGAGCGGCUCUGGGCGGUCGCGCUGCCCGCCGGGGACGGCGCGGGGGACAGGAGCGCGGAUGGCCGGUUCGAGGGCAUCGUGGGCGUGCUGUUCGAGUACCUGGACCUCUGCGUCGACUGGCCGCGGUUCGUCCUCGCGGGCGCGGAGGCGCAGGAGGGGGCGGGCGUCGAGGCGGCGGCGGACACGGGAGCGGACGAGGACGUGGAGAAGAAGAAGGGGGCGCUGAAGGACGCGGUCAAGGUGCUCGUCGCGGCCGCCGUGCGCAGCGGGGCGAGCAAGGAGGUGAAGGACCAGGUCGACAAGGAGCGCAGCGGGAUCGCAAUGUGGCGGAUCCCGUGA